AUGAACUCGACCUCCCGCCACUGCGACACCGGCGUCCUGCGCGUCAGCCGCCAGAUCUUCGCCGAAGUCCAGCCCCUCGUCCAGCGCGCCGCGAAGAACCGCACGUUCAUGCUCUGCAACAUCAAUCUCUGCCUGGACAAUUUCUUUCGGGCGCUCAACCCGGAAAACUGGAAACGGGUCAAGCACCUCCAGGUGGACCUGUUCGUGGGCUGGGCCAGCGACAACCACGACGGCGACGACUGGUUUCUGUGCCAGAUGCACCGAUGGGCGCGGCGGUACGUGGCGGGCGCGUUGAGCAAGUAUGAUCAAGGGCGCGAGGUGACGAUCCAGCCGGCCGACGAGGCGAAGGAGGACGGCCAGGGGAGACGGACGCUUACUGUUGACGUCUACCUAAAGUAG